AGUUUCAAUCAAACUGACCCGAUCGAAGUCCAUCCAAUUUGACUGGUGCUACGUUCGAUCACAGGUCGAUUCGGCUGAGCUCGGCCAGUUCUAUACUUCUAUGCACCUGGUUGGGAUCGAUUAGUCAAGCCGCCCGGUGUUGGCAGCGGCGUACCGAAAGGGGACCGCAGUUUCGCAUCGUGCGUUCGUGCCCAACAGCUGGUCUGGUCGUGCCGGUGGGACGGAGAAGUGGGGAGGAAAACGUAUCAGACUCGGGCGGCAGCGACUCCGCCCACAGGGGGCCGAGAAUUCCACAGGUGAUGCGCUCGCCCGCCGGCGCACCCGCCCGCGUCUCGCGCGUCGCGCCGCCGGGGACGGCGGCCCGAUUGGUCCUCCUUAUUUAGGCACCGUCUUUUGGCCCCAUCCGAGCCGAGCCGAGGCGCCAUGAGAUCCUCCCCCGUGGCGCGCCGCGCGCGCCUGCUCGUGUCUCUGCUCCUGUGCGCCGGCGCGCUCGGGUUCUUGCCCCGCUGUCAUGGCGCCGCCGAGGGGGAGAUGCCCGGCUACGUCACCGUCUCCGCCGCCAGCUUCGAGCCGGCCUCCACGUGCAGCGCGCCCGACCCAGCUGCGCCGCGGCGGAACGGCACGUCGGCCGUGCUGCGGCUGACGCACAGGCACGGGCCGUGCGCACCCUCGCGGACGUCCUCGCUGGCGACGCUGUCGGUCGCUGAGACGCUACGCGCGGACCAGCGGCGCGCGGAGUACAUCCUGAGAGGUGCGCUGAGCGUGCCGGGAUCAGCGUUCGCGGGCAGGACGGUGUGA